GUUGUUUAGAUCAUUAACUUACUUCUACUAAACACCACUGCGCAGAGGCAGCAUCAGAGGACUUCCCAACCGCGUGGCCACGUGGCCCGGAUUCAGGGGCUCCGCUUAGCUUCGGCCCAGCUUAGAUUCGCACAAGCCUCGCGUCCGCCGCAAGUCGGGCGUCUGGCCACAUAAAUAUCCACCGCUUCCUCUGUGCUGUCUUCUCUUCCUGCUUCCUGUUGCUCUGUUGCUGCUGCUCUGUCUGUUUGUUCUUUUCUUCUCGCAUCUCAUCGCCAUCAUGCGCAGCAACAGGUCGUCCGCCGACCCCUCUGACCGCUGGUUCUACGUCGCGCCCCAGCAGCAGCCCUCCGCGUUCUCCCAACCCUCCAUCUUCCCCCAGCCCCAGCACAACUUCUACUACCCUCUUCCCCACGACUCUGUCUACGCGACCGCUGCCGCGCCUUCCCAAUCCUCUCCCUUUCUUGCCUCCUCCUCUGCCGCGCAGUUCCCGAUCCCGCAGUGGUCCCAGCCGCAGUACCCGCUCACCUCCUCGCUCGCAUCUGUCGCCAUGGCCCUGCCUCACUCCGCCGUCGACGCGCGUUUCCUUUCUGCAAUGCAUGCAAUGCAGAUGCAGGCUGUACCGGCCCCGCUGCAGCACAUGCAAACCAGCCUUUCCGAUCUCUCGCUCAUAAACCCGCUCACUGCGCAGCGCCAGCUCACUCCGACCGUCUAUCGGCGACGGGCGUCCGUAUCUCGCUCAAGAACAGGCUGCUGGCAAUGCCGCGUCCGGCGCAAGAAAUGCGACGACAGGAAACCAAAGUGUCUUACCUGCGAGCGCCUUGAUAUCUGCUGCAUGUACGGCCCAUGUCCAGAAAACAUGCGCACUGUCGAAGAUCGUCGGCGCGCUGCCCGCGAGCUCACUGUUCAGAUCCGCGCUGCUGUUAAGCGCCGGUCUGCUGAGCGUGCGGCAAGAAACUCGAAGGCAGCUGCGGCGGCCACAAUCGCCGCUGCUGCUGCUCCUGCUCCUGCUGCGCUUCCUGCUCCGCCUUCUGGUUUGGAGGUGUCAGUGGCUAUGAUGCGCGAGCCGUUGGCAGAGCCGAGUACGGCCUUGGUGAGCACGGAUCCAAAACUGACGAGUUCUGGGUACCAGCUACUUCCAGACAUUGGCCCCGGGUCGACUGCGCGAGAAGAAGCGGAUCGGGUGCCAAUUUCUCCGCCGGCUUUUUUCGCGGUUGAGAUACAGACGCUGGAUUUUGAUUCUCCAUUGUCUCCGCUGCGAGUGCUGCAAGAGUACGUUGACCAGAUCCCGCGGUCGAUCUACUCGAGCCACACAGAUGCUGCACGACAGCUGGCGUAUGUGGUUGUGUAUUUCCGCAUGGCGGCGCGGAUUCUGUUUCCCGGGUUGUUUCUGCAGACUGAUGAUUUGAUAGACUGUCAGACGCUAGUGUACUCGAUUGCGGUGCAGGAUGCGUGGGUGUGGCGGAGCAUAUGUGCGAUAGGAAGUGUGUUUGCGAGCAUGGCGGCAUCGGGGGUGCUUGCGGUGGAUGAUGUUGAUUUUUUGACGUCAGGAAGUACGGCGUUUAUUGAAGAGGCCAACGCGCUGAUGUCUGAGUACCCGGCGCGCAAUGAGGGUGGAACAGCAUGAUACGAUACUUCCCGCGCAAUCGGAUUGAGCGGGUGAUGGUGCUGGGGUGGAAUGUGUUUACGCUUGCGCGAGUGCUGGGCGCGCAUUACUUUGGAGCGUUGAAGACGUUGGUGAAUUUGAUUUCGCAUUUCGGGCUGUUGUCUACGGCGGAGCAUGUGAGCAGUAGUCCGCUGCUGAGGAUAGUGACGGCGCAUACGAUUC